AAAAUUAAAUUUCGACCGGUUGAUUAUUUUUGGUGCCAUUGGAAUUGGGCAACAAGAGGUGACGAUAGAGAUUUUGUCAUUCACGUGGGACCAGAUUGAGUCUCCAUCGUCUCGAUAAUGCCAUGUGUCUUUGAUUGACUGGACAUUAUCGACUCAACAUCAAGCGGAUAAGAAAGUAUCCAAAAAAUGAAAUUUUUUUUGGUGAAGGAGAGAGAGAGAGAAAAAUCAUUGGAGCUGUGGCGUCAGUAGUUGCAAUUGGAAUCUUCGGUUUCAGAUGCCAAUGGAUAUUCAAGCUGGAAUGGGGAGCUUAACAUCUUACUGCUUUUGGAGAACAUCACAGAAAUCCACAUCUCCUUAUGCUUGUUCUUCUUUCAAAAUUUUCUGCUCCAAAAAAGGCUCUCAGCAACCUCGAGAAAACGGUGAUAACAGGGGUGAUAAAUUCUCAACUGAUUGGGAUAAGGCAUGGACAAAUUUCAGGAAGCAAAGCAAAAAGUCCCUCUUCUCACGGUUCUCUCCUGACAAGUAUGUUACCUGGAAUCCUAGACAAUCAAACUAUCCUUUGUCUGAGGAGGUUGAUCCCAUCAAGAGAACAGAGAGGUCAAACCUCACGUUAUGGACCAGUCCAGGCUUUACUUUAGUAGGGGCCACUAUAAUAGUCGCAUUCCUUUUGCUAUAUACCAUUCUUGCACCAGUUAAGUGAUCUAAUUUUCCCUAAGGAAAAAGCAGUUCAUUUUCUGUAAAAGGAUUAUUGUCUGAAUGAAAUGAGUAUAAAGGGGAGAGAUUUGUAGACCCCAACUUGUAUGUAAAUCUAGAUACUGGUUUUUUAAAGCCUAUUUUCGUUGCCCAUAAGCAUCUUUCUUUCUUUUCUC